CUGUAUACAGCAGUGCACCUGCGCCCGCUGGUCGAUUCACCGACUAGUCGUAGUACAUGCGAUCACCAUGGGAGGCGCAGGUUGCUCAAGAGAUGUCGUCUGCUCUGUGGUACUAAUUAUUACUAUCCUCCUCAAAUUUCACUUUACAGUGGCGAACGAUGAGAUACCUGGAUUAAAAGAACAUGCUGAACAUUUCUAUGGAUCUAACCAAGAUGGUGAUUGCCAAGAAUCGGAGGGAAGAAAUGGAAUAUCUGGUCGGUCCGAUACGCUGGAAAAAGAGGAGGAAGUUCAGCCAACAGCACCAGUUGCAGUCAAGUUGACGAGGCUUGACGGUGUGCAGGUUGGUCAUGUUCAGGAAGUCAACCUGACUCCCAGUAGAUCUCAUUAUCUACAUACUAUCAACAUGAAACCAUUGAUCUUUGAAAUUCCAGACUUCUUUUCUGAGGAAGAAUGCCAGCACAUCAUAGAGCUAGCAAUGGAGCAGGGAUUAGAAGUAAGCUCCACCCAUCAAAUCACCGCGGACAACACUCUCCGCCUCCUAGAUACCAACGGAGACCAAAGACUGAGUCUACAAGAGAUGAGGAGAACUAUAGAGGAUGGAUAUGAUAUCUACUUUAAUGAUGAGGACAUUAGAGAAAUGUACUCGCAUCUCAAGUUAGAUUUGAAUCAAGAUGAUUGCAAAUUUCUCUAAGGGUAGCUGCUGCUUCAAGAAGAUAAACCUUCAGACGACAACCCUUUUCACAAUAAUAUCACCCAACCAUGAUUCUUAAUACAAUAUUUCAAUUCUAUGUGAAAGUCUCAAAGACCUUCAGUUCAGCAUGCAUGCUCUAAUUUGUUUGAGUGCGAACUGGCCUUGGUUGUUGGUUGGCUGGCUGGCAUGUUCUGGUUGGGGUAAUCUGUGGAGCCCAAGGGGGAAGCCCCUUUGUGACACACCCAUUGCAUUAUUAAGAUGGAAACCUACCUCCAUCUCAAGGAAAAUUCAUCAACCAUUCACCAGGUCAUGGCAGGUCGUGCUUGACUUUGGAGAGGGUGACUAAAGGGGGCAUUUUCACAUGAACCUUGCGAUUAAUAGCAAGUCAAUAAUAAAGUUAUUCUUAUCACUUGUAUAGUGUGGGAUGGUCCGGGCUGAAAAAAUAUAUAUCUAGAUAAAUAAAGUAAAAUUCACAGAUCAAAAAAUUUCAUCAAAAUCGGAUAACAAAUAACAAAGUUAUUGCAUUUUAAAGUUUCUCAAUAUUUUGUGAAAUCGGUUAUAUGCACAUCGUCAUGAAUAUUCAUUAGUUGGGCUGAUGAUAAUGAUACAGAACUGUUUCACCGGAAUAAUGCAAAUCUUUAAAAUUCAAUAACUUCGUUAUUUGUUAUCCGAUUUUGAUCAAAUUUUUCAUCAUUUUGCUUUGUGAAUUUCCUCUAUCUAUUGGGAUAGAAAUAUCUCCAGCCUGGACACCUCUAAGUGCUCUAUUAUAAUGCAGCAUUAUCAUCUUGGCUGUAAAGUUUACAAUUAAUCGCAAAAUGCUGUAAGGCUUGCAAUCGAUUGCACGGGUUGCAUUUGAACACAACUAAAGCAAUUAAUUGCAAGUACAAAAUGCACACUUCUGAUCAGAGGAAAAGCUUAAAUGUGAAUUACAUUGAAUGUCAUCUAAUUUAUCCAAUUAAAGCAGAAAGUGCUUUGACCAUUAUUUUUCUUUUUCCAUCCGCUGAUUUAUUUUUUAUUGCAUUUUGAUUUAAAAAAAGGUUUAUUUUUCUUUAAAAUUGACCCUUUGAGCACAGUCUUAAAAUGUUGGUCAUUGGAUAUCAGAAUGAUACAGAAAAAGGAUUAAAUCAUUAAAUUUCCAACCCAUUCUACCCUGGAGAAGUAGUCAGAAAUGAACAAGAAGAAAUACCCAGAUAUUGUUAUUGAUCGGAAAAUGUCCAUGUGUGAAUGUUUUCAAAAGCAAAGCUCAAAGCACAAGUUCAAUUAAUCAUAACCAUAUCUGAAGCUCUUGUAUAGCAUGGAGGAGUGUGCACUUAGUGCUGGGUAGUUGAUGUGUUCACUGAUAUGUCAUCAUUAUUACAACAAUCAUUUCAUAGUGUUGGAAUACAAUAUAUUCAGCCUUCGAUGAAGAGAUAAAUCUUUUUGUAGCAUAUAAAGCAAUUAAAAUGUACCUUGAAGCAUGAAAUUAGUAAAGCAAAGCUUUCGAUAUGCCUCUUAGAGGGGAAUGAAUUGCUGCGAUGCCUGUGUUGUCAAUUACAUGAAAUAUUCACAGUGUUUGCCUUUUAAAACUGUGUGUGUUUUCCUAACAUAACAACUGCAUGAAUCUGAUUGCUUGUUACUAGGCAGUAGUGACCAUUAAAAAAAAUCAUAUUUUCUCUAAGUUUAAACGGGAAAAAAAUUGUGUAUUUGGUGUAUUAUAUUAGAGGAAAUCACCUAUUUUUACCAAAUAAGUUAAUUUUUGUAUAUUUUGCUACCACCUUUGAAGUUUGUGACAUAUCUUCUUUUAUAUGCCUUCCUUAUAUACACUUAAUUCUUAUAAUAGAAUAACUAAGUUCUCAUAAACUGAUUUGCUUUGUAUUCAUACCUACAUCAACAUGAUAUUAACAGGGGCUACGACCCACCCUCACCUUUUCACUAAACGUGUACAAAUAUAUAAAAAAUGAUUGUGAUGAUUUUGCAUGGUCAACCUCUUCACUAUCAUCUCAGCGCCCCCCCCCCCCCCCCACCAUUCCAUAAUGUAUGAAGGCUUGAAGUUCCAGAACUUUGGUAUCAUCAUUUUCAGACUUCACAAAUAUUAAACCUUCAUUUUUCUCUUUAACAUUAUAGUAAUAUACAUAUGCAAGCCUGUGGAUUGUCUUUCAUUGCAGUGAUUCUGGUUAUCAGAUUAACACCUGUUUGACAAAGAAGGGGGACAGGACAGGGAAUAUGUGCCUCCCUCCCUCUUUUUUUUUUCAAAAUUAUGCACUGUAUCUCCCCCUUAUUGUAGAAGUAAGUAACCCUCUUUUAAGUGAAAAGGAACUUUUCUUGAUUAUUGCAUCAUUUGAGAGUGUUUUUUUUUAAGCAGGAUCAUCAGAUAUUCAGCACACCGUUUGCACCCUCUAUUUUAGAUCUUGGAUUAUGGACACAAUAAUAUCAUAUAGACAUUAUAUUUUGCACUUUGAAGUUUAUACAUGUUAUAAGAGCUGCAAAUGUGCCAUAUUGAACCUAGAUUUAUAUAUUAUGUUGUUGAUUGAGCCAUGUAUCUGGCAUAUGCACAAAAUCAGUAGUAAUGUAUGACUAUUCAACCCAAGUUUUCAUAUACUUCUUGCCAUAUGUUUUUGUCAUACAAUAUUGGGAACCAAAUUUUCUUUAGAGUUGGCUUUUUGCUAUGAUAUUAUUGCUAAAUGAUUUGAACAGAAUGUGAAAUUUAUUAUAAAUCACUGCUCUGUAUAAACAGGCUUUACUAAUAUGUUCAAACAGAAGGUUAUCAUGUUACAUCAACCUAAUGAACAGACAAGGCAGACUGAAGUAACUGAAAUUUCAUUUUCAGAUGAUUAAAGUCUAGCCAGAUUAAUCAAAUAACUAUGCUCAUAUCAAAAUUGAUUGCAUUUAUGCUGUUAGGAUCAUAUAACUGCAAAUCCUUGCAGGUAAUAUUGAAGAUUUAGUUCUGGUUGUGAAUUUUAACAAUGGAGAGUCUUGUAUGGAAGAGGUUGUGAAAGGCUUGCUAUAUUGAAUUGAAUUGAAUUCACUUCAGUUGAAUUCAACUAAAUUCAAUUCAAUUUUUUCAAUUCCAAUAAGGCAAUAGAGAGUAUGAAAUAAUAAUAAUACAUAUGAUUUAUAUAGCGUCUUUUCCAUAGUUAUAACAAGAUCAAGAAUAAUAAGAAAAGAGAGUGAAGAUAAAUACAACACAAUAAAUAACAAUACAGGGAAAAUAUAUCUUAUUGAAAAUGGGUGGGUAUAUUGCACCUUAAGAACUAAUGUUUGCUAAAAGCAAUAGAAUCACUAAUUUGUUGAUUUGCAAUCAAUAAAUUUGUAAGCUGGGUAAGUGUACACUUUACCAAGAGAGGCUGGGCACUAAGUGUAAUUGACAGAAAAAAAUAUUUUCAUACUGAACCAGUCAAUGAGAAGGGAUAUAACAAUCAUAAGACAUUUAUAAGAUGAAUGUAAUACGGAAUGUAAACUAAUAGUGAUGUAAUUCACUUUAGUGAACCUUUACCCAAGCUUAUUAAGAGAUAAGACAAACUUAAUUGAUUUUGAGUAAAUCUAAGAAUUUAUCAUUGUCACAAAGCAUUGAUUAGAUGGUCUAUUCAUUUUUUCUCUUCCAAUAUAAAAAAAUCUAAAAUCAGCAACAUAUUUUUAUUCUUUGAUAUCUAGUGAAUUUUUUUUAAAGAUCAUAACAAAAAUGUUAUGAUUGUUGAUGAGCUGUUUGAAUCCUGUUCUUCUGUUUCCUUGACCUUUAUUGACGGCAGAAUACAAAGAUAAUACUGCUGUAAUAAAGUCUGGUUCUAAAAUCCACCAGUGAAAAAUCCACCUGUCGACUUAUGUAUCAAUAAUGAAAAAGGGAAGCAACAAAGUCAAUGCCUGUACUUUACGGUUUUAGUCUUCUAUAUGGUGUCUCAAAAUAGUAAGAAAUAAUGGAUAUGAUUAUAUUCAGAAAUGUUUUGCGAUUAUGAAAAUAAAGAAAGCGACAAGUCAGCAAAGUC